AUGGCCGCAUACGCUCAAAAGUACACACAAAAGCCGCUUCCGCCGCCAAGGGACUACCAGCAGGGUUACCACCCGCAAGCCCAGUACUACCAGCAACAGCUGAACUCCGAUGUGGAGCAUCGGCCUCCGUCUUUUGUAGGGCUCCCGCCGAUUCGCCGCGCUUCGACUUUUGGCUCCUCACUAGGCUUAACGGCCGAGGAGUUCACGACCAACGAUAACAACGCCGAGGGCAUUCCUCGCCCGCAACCAAGCCCCAAACCCAAUUCUUCCGCUCAGGGACCCUCCUCCCAGCAGCCCACCAUGGCCUCCGCGCAGCAGCAGCAGCAGCAGCAGCAGCAGCAGCAGCAGACGGGCCAAUUCCUAGGCUCCGCCCCACCGUCCGGCCAAUUUGUCCAGAACGUCUACCGGCCUACCCCCGGCGCCCAGGCUUCCCAAGGCGCUCAGGGUCCGAUACGCCCGGCCCAAACGUGGCAGGUGCAGAGCCAGGCGCCCAGCCAGAAUCAGAAUCAGAUCCAAAACCGGGGCUUUCCGAACGCCGGGUUCCCGAAUGGUAGCCUACCUGGGCAAGGCCCGUCUCCGAUGCAGGGGAGGGCCUUUGUGGGCGCUCCCGGGACAGCUCAGCCCGUCAUGGGCGGGCCUGCGCCGAUCGCCGGUCAAGGCCAGCAGUUCGGCCAGGCCGGUGGCCGACAGAUGGUUGUGCCGCCGCACAUGCUUUCAAACAACCUGUCGCAGCGGUUCCAGCCCCAAGGCGGAGGCUGGAACUUGCAAGAAUCGCACCUGUCCGAGCCCCUUCAACCCACCGGCCGUCACCGCCACUCUCCGAGCAACGCGUCGUCGCGGCAGCAGGAAGAUAGGCCGUACUAUGGUAUCGACAAGGAAACUGGCGUGCCCAUGUCUGCCUCGCCAGUUCAACGGCGCGCUGCGACUGAGCAGCCGCCAAGCAGCCCGCCUGACGGUUCUCAACAAGCCGCGCAACGGCCACAGAGCCCUCAACAGGAGGGCGGCGUCCUGUCGCGCUUCCGAUCCCAUCAGUCCCAACAAAGCGAACUACAGCGACAUGAUCUCCAAGACGGUCCGCCUAAGCGAAACUCAGGUGUGUUCUCCAGCCUGCGGAACCGGCUUGGAAGCAAUAAUCACGCCGACGAGUCCCAGCCGCAGGGCCCGGACAGCGUGGCCAAGCCGCAGAACGUCAAUGGCGACGACGCCUCAGUGGUUAGCCUGAACACGGAGGAAGCAGGGCCCCAACAGCAGAGACUGAACCCGGUCUUUGGCCCGAGGGGCGGCGGGAGUCCGGACAACAUGUCUUACAGUGGCCAGAGCAAGGAUAGCAUCACCGCCCAAAGCCCCGGAACACCUCUCGGCGAGAGGAUGCAGGGGCAUACCCCGCCUUCUCAAUUUGCGCCGCCUACCCGGAAGCCGACUGGGUUCUUCCACAACCGACCAGGCGGCGCUGGGGGUGCGGCACCGGCGAACGGUCCCGGUCACAAGACUGCUGGGAGCAUCAGUGGUGGGCCGAAGAAGCGCUUCUCCGCGCUUAAAGACGUGUUCCGGGGCUCGCCUCGUGACAACGCAAAGAACCCGGGCUCCUCGUUUACUGUCCGGAUGCCUGCGCAGACGGCUUCACAAGCACCCGGCGCCCAGACACAAUUCCAGGGCCAGCCCCAAGCCCAGCCCCAGGGUCAGUUCCAAGGCCAGCCACCAGGGCAAGGGCAACCGCAAGGCCAGUUCCAAGUUCCAGGCCAGUCCCAGCCUCAUAUACCGCCGCAGGGUCAAUAUCAAAAUAUGUCGCAAUCUCUAGGCACGUCCCAAUUCCAGCCGCCACGGACUGGGCCGAGCCCGGGGCCCGGCGCUUCAGCUUCGCCGGCAUCCAACAUUGGGCCCCAGAACACGGGUCCCCAAAGCGCCGGACCCCAGAGCGCAGGUCCCCAGAGCGCAGGGCCUCAAGGAAAUACCAACAAUAGCUCGCCAGGCGCUUCUUCGCCCCAGCUGAACUCUGCAAACGGGCAAAUGCCCAAUGGACAGGAUCGCUUUGCUCCCGGACCUGGGCCUACUCCCAGCCCCGGUCCUAACCCUGGGCCUGGUCCAAACCAGAAUCAGCGCCCGAACCAGGGCCAGGGCCAGAACCAGAACCAGUCGGACAAGAAAGCUGGCACGGGCUUCUUUGGUUUCUUGAGAGGUCGGGCAGAUUCAAAGAGUCAGGAGACAUCCUCGCAGCCGAGUCAAGCACCGCUGCAGGGUCAACAGCCCGGUUCUUUCCCGCCAGGACAGGGGCCGGCCCCAGGUCAGCGAUUUGGCAUUCGUCCGCCACUGGGCCCUGACGGACGCCCGAUUACGGCAGCCGCGCAGUCGCCGUAUCCCGGGCAGUUCCAGGGCCAGCCACAGUUUGGACAGACCGGUCCUCCGGGCCCUCUCGGUCCCCCAGGCACUGCGGGUUCUCUUCCGCCGCAGAGUCUCCCAGGUGGCCCACGACCCGGUACGGCUCUUAGCCACCAGCUUCAGCAGCAUCCUGGCUUUGCUCCGGCCACGAGCCCACGACCGCCUGCGCAAACACAACCCGGCCAGUCCCCACAGGUGCCCCAGCGUGAGCCAAGCAGCGCUACGGGGCCUACUCCCGGCACGUCGAUUAUCGAUUCACCAGUGUCGUUGCACUCGCAGCCCGCGACGCAGUUUGCUAUUGAGCAGACCCGGUUCUUGGCGGACUCUCCGGUCAGCACCAAACCGCUGUUUGCUCCUCCGCAGGCCCCAGGCCAGGGGGGUCCCAGCACUCUCCAGGGCAACAACAACAGCCUGGGCCAGCCGGGAGAUGGGAACGAUGUCAACCGACCUGUUUCCCCGGCCUCGCAUAUCCAGCCUCCGCUCCCUGGCAUUCCGGGUGAGCAGCUUGAACGCAUCGCUUCGCCGCAGCCCGCAGCCGGCGAUCGGUCGCCCCCGGUCGGUGGUGGUUCCUCUGGACAAGGCACACCGCGCAUCGCACAGGGUCCCGGUUCAGCAUCUGAAGAGUCGGGCCCAGCGUUGGGCUCAACACCGCAGCCGUCGAGCCCUCAACCGGGUCAGCAAGGUCAGCAAGCUGGUGGUCCCCAGCCCCCGGCUGUUUUACAGGGUCAGCCACAGCCCGGCCCGCCCGGCUUUACCGGCCCUCCCCGCCCACCUGGCGCUGCUGGCUCCCCGGGCCAAGGCUACUGGAUGCCGGGCCAACCCGGCCCUGUUCCAGCCCAAUUCCGCCAGCAAGCCGGGCCAGGCGGUCCUGGUCCCGGUCCCCGCCCGAACGGUGCUCCGGCCAAUGCCCAGCCGAAGGAGAAGGAGCAGAGCACCAUCUCGAAGCUGCUCUUCGGCGGCAAGUCGUCGUCGGCUGCCGCAUCGGGUGCGGCAUCUAUCUCCAGUGCGUCCAAGCCCGAGAAGGAGAAGAGCUCGAAACCGUCCAUCAUGAGCGCCUUUAAGCGGAAGCAGCCCGAGACUCAGCCAACCCAGACGCCCCAAGCGCAGGCUGGCAGACCCGGUCAAGGCCCGCUUCCUCCGGGAGCGCAGCAGCAGCAGCAGCAAUUUAUGACUAGGCCGCCGGGUUUCCCUCAACAGCAACAGUUUCAACAAGGCCCUCCGCAGGGUCUGCGUCCUGGUAUGCCGGGUCCUCUCCCGCAAGGCCCUCCCCAGCAAGGUCCUCCCCAGCAAGGUCCUCAGCUCGGCGGCCCCGGUGGUGGUCCGGGACAACCCCCGCAAGGACAGCUACCCCCGCAGAUGAUCCCCCGACAAGUUACCCGUCCGCUGGCACCGGAGCCACAGUACGAUCAGGUUCCCAUCCCGGCUGGGUAUGGCUACGUCCACGGCGAAGGACGAGUUGCGCCCGCUCCGGCACACGUCUACGUCGGACCUGGUUUCCCUGGACCAGGCCCCCGACCUGGGUUCCCUCAGCAGCAACCACAGCAACAGUGGGCUCAACCCGGUGCUCCGGGCCAGCCGGCGGGUGCACCCCAGCAACAGCAGCCUAAUGGCAUUCCGGCCUCUGCUAUCUCACUGGCAGCUUCGACUCCGCAGUCGCAGACUCCUGCUCCGGCUUCGGCGCUUACACAAACUUCAGCGGCCCAGGAACAGGGACAGGCACGGCAAGAUACCGCCUCUCCCGCUCCAGGCGCUGCUCCAGUCACUGCUCCUGCCGAAGAGCCUGCUAGAGAUGCUCCCGCCCAAGAACAGAAGGCUGAGGACGCUCCGCCUCAAUUGCAAGUCCCGUCCAUUCAGCAGCCACCAGCCACCACUGCUCCGGUUGUCUCUCGGCCCACAGCGCCGGACGUCUCACCCCAGUCGUCGACUCCCACUCCCGCUCCUCAGGUCUCCCAAGCGGUUGUCCCGCCCCCGGCGAACCAGCCGCCAGUCCAGGCCCAAACUCAAGCUGGACUCCCCGCCCGCACGUUUGCUCGCGACAAUGUCUCUCCGCCGCCUCAGCUCCAGUACAAUGUCCCACCGCCGCAGCCGUCGUCCGGCCCUGUGAACGUGGUCAUUGCGCCGCCGCAGGGGCAGAGCAGCAACAAGGUGUCUCACUCGAGGGAUCUGAGUGCUGACGGCAUUGCCUCGCUUCCGUCGCAGCGGCCAGGUCGUGGACAGCCCUUGUCUCCCCCGGCUCAGCAGCCUGCGCCGGGUUGGAUUGUCAACCCAUCAGCCCCGCCAGUACAGCCCAAGGCCGCUGAACGGGGUGUGAGUGCCGGUGCCGGCGCCGAAUCUAAGUCGACUAUCCAACCGCCUUCUUCUACUUCUCCUGUGAACCAGCUGGUGGCGACCCCUACAGCCCAGCGGGUGGAAGAGGAUAACCUUUAUGAUGCGACGCCGCGUCAGUCCCAGUUCCCUACUGGCACCCAAACGGGCUCCCCGCCCAUCCAGCGGUCACCUCAGUCCGUGUCACCACCGCCCCAGCCCCAGCCACCGGUUCAAGUGCAGGUGCAGCCUCAGCAACAGCAGCAGCAAGUGGCCCGUGAUGUCCCCGCCAACACCAUUGUCGUUUCUGGUCCCAUCGAGCCCAAGUCUGCGGGCUUGUCCCACGAGGUCACCCGGCCACCGGUGCAGAACCCCCACGCCAUCGUCAGCUCAGACUCGGACAUUCCCACACCUCCGGCCAUCGCCUUCCACCCGCCUCCGCGCACCAACACCGACCGGGACCAUGACCACGAUCACGACGAUGACCUAGACUUUGACUCCGACAUGGAAUCCCCUAUCAUCCAGGACGCCGCGAUCGCCACGGUGCAACAAGCCAGCCCCAGCACGAGCAGCCCGGCCAACCAAAACGGCAACACCGCGGCCAAGGACAACGUCGCCAUCUUUGAGCGCGCCAAGAAGAAGGCUGAGGAGCAGCGUGAGGCCGAGCAUCGCCUGAUGAUGGAGGAGAAGAUCCCCGUACUGGAUGAAGACGCCGCUGCGGCGGCCGCCGGCAAGAACCAGGAGGUGCUACCCCAGAUGAGUGCCACGAGCUACCCGGGCCAGGAGUGGAAUCCGUAUGGAGAUGGAGGCUUUGAGGACUGGAAUGAGUAA